AUCUAUAUAUACCAUAUACCCACCUAUCUCGUCGCAUUCAUUCCUGCCUGGGUUUAAUCACCAGCAACAGCACCACGACAAGCAUAGCGUUGCAUUGCAGAGCAUAUACGAACGGAUAGAUCGGAAUUCGGAGUUGUGGGAAAUUAAUUUUAUGAUGGAAGCUCUAAGUUGGAUUACUUGUAUCCCUAAUCUCCCCUUGUUCUUCGCAGCUUUCCUCCUCGUUUACCUCAUUGCCUACUUCAUCAUCUUCCGCAAUUGGAAACCUAUGCUCCGCCCCGAAGCUGCCAGCUGUGCCAUCUCCUUUUCCCACGGUACUCCCGCCGUCUUCUUAGCCGCCGCCGCUAUCCUCUCCGACCCCGAUCGGAGCUUUCACUCCCGGAACACCCCCUUCCAGGGCUUGGUCCUCGAUUUCAGCGUCGCCUACUUCUUAAUGGACCUUUGCCACUACCUGAUUUUCUACCCCUCCGACCUUCUCUUCAUCGGCCACCAUUUGGCCACUUUGUUCGUUUUCCUCACCUGCCGAUACGUUGUCUGCCACGGCGCAUACGCCAUUCUAGUGCUCUUAGUCCUCGCCGAGGUCACCAGUUUCUGCCAGAACACCUGGACUCUUGCCGCCGCUCGAAAAUCGGAUUCCCAAUUCGCCGCCAAACUGUAUGAAUUCCUGUCCCCUCCGUUUUAUGCUUUCUAUUCUGUUGUUAGAGGUUUCGCCGGGCCCCUGUUUAUGUAUCAAAUGUUCGUGUCUUUUUUGAGCGGAGCAGCCGAUACUGUGAUCCCCAGAUGGAUGUGGAUUUCAUGGAUUGUUGUUAUUCUAACCGCAAUUUCUGUCAGCAUCCUCUGGAUUUUUAACCUUUGGGUCGACUUGUAUAGACAAAAAACUCUAAAGCUUGGGGACAAAAAAUCUAGAUAGAGUUUUAAGACCGCCACCCCUGAGCUUAAUGAUUGAUUGUAUUCUUAGUUUCUUACAGACAGACAAAUCAAUGCAGGUCUAUUUAUACUACCUACACUGACUUUUUUUUU